AUGCCGGGGCGGUUAAAAGUGAAGGUAGUGGCAGCUAGGGAUUUGCCCAUAAUGGACCGAGCAAGUGACCUUACAGAUGCCUUUGUGGAGGUCCGUUUUGGGAAUGACGUAACCAAAACUGAUGUGUAUCGAAAAUCUUUAAAUCCUCAAUGGAAUUCAGAUUGGUUCAAGUUUGAGGUUGAAGAUGAAGCUCUCCAAGAUGAACCUCUCAUACUUAGGGUUCUGGACUAUGAUACAUACAGUGCCCAUGACUCCAUUGGAAAAGUUUAUAUCGAUUUGAAUCCAUUGUUGAUCAAGAAUAAUCCUUCUGUGAUCAAUGGAUGGUUUCCAAUUUAUGAUACGAUGCGAGGUAUUCGAGGAGAGCUAAAUUUCAUUGUCAAAGUUGACUUGUUCAGCGACUUUAAUAGAUUUCGUCAGUCAUCUUGUGGAGUUCAACUUUUUUGUUCACCAACAGUUCCUGAAAAUUACCAGCUUCAGAGUCUGCAUGGAUUUGUAGAAGAACUUGUCGUGAAUGAUGAUCCAGAAUAUCAGUGGAUUGAUAAACUACGGACGUCAAGGGCAUCAAAUGAAGCACGACAAAGAUUAUUUUCCAAAUUAACUGGAGAGUUACAACGGAAAAUAGGCUUGAAAGUUUUGGAGCUGGGUGGAAAUUCAAUAAUUGGUUAUCGUCAAUGUUUUGACUUGGAAGGAGAAUCUGGAAUUGUUGUGAGAGCAAUUGGAACGGCCAUUACACUUUCCAAGACCUCAAUACCAUCCACAUCUCCAAUUGGGCUGUCACCUUUUAAAGAGAAGUUCAACAACAUAUUCAGACGCCAAUACAGGUUGAAGUGUCUUUUUUUUUUUAUAUGA